AUGGCCGAUUACCUGGAAACUCCUGGUCGAACUACUUUAAAAGCAUACAUUGAUGCAAACCAAAGUUCUAGAAGCCCAGACAUCAAAUUAGACAUAGAAGAAGCAUGGAUAGAGACCAAAGUACAAAGGACUGCAAACAUUCAAACAAGCCGCGUCUCAGCUGCUCUAUUGAAAGCCGGCGGUAAGAAGGCGGUCAAUUUAUUGAAGAAAGCUCCACCCAGCUCAGAUGAAACUACUGCUCAUGUCCCUAUUGAAGCAAAUGCUGUUUGUAAUCCUAUUCAGCCUGCUGGCCCAUCAUAUACUGAUAUCUCCAAUGCUUUUCUUUCUCCGCCUACUGAACCUGCUGCUAAUACUAGUACUACUGAAACAAAUGACACUGCUGAUAAUCAUAAUACCAAUAUUAUAAAUAAUAAUGUAGUGUCUAGCAGCAAUGUAGAGGAGGAAAAUACAGAGAAGCUGCGUUUUGUAUUAACCGAAGAUGAAGAAUUCAAAAGCACAAUUCUAAUUAAUGAGGAUACCCCAGAGUGUUUUAAGCGUUUUAAGGAGUUCCAAGAAGAGUCUUUCAAAAUAGUCAAAAAGAAAGGAUUAUUCAUUAACAGGGAUUUAUUCCGGAUACUCUCUUUGUAUAAUAUUGUACUUUUGAAGAAAAACCACGCAUACUCUCAAAUAGACUUUUCAAUGAUAAAUGAUGAGUUAUCGGAGAAGUUUGAAUCCAGUCCCAAAAUCGAAAAAUCGAUCUUUAUGGAGAUAAUACAUAUAUUCAGGGAUGACAUAAGCGAUAGGGACGAGUUAAAGAUUUCCUUAUUUGACCUUUACAAAAAAGCCAACAAACAGGACGGAAGGGUCAUAGAUGUCUUGAUUAACCUUCCUCUGCUACAUGAUCCUGGCCAUGACAAGCUGUUUAUCUGGUUGAAUCGUACUGUAUUGCAGAACUAUGACAAACGCCCUGAUGCUGGCUGUCUCGCUUUAAAAGGAAAAAGACUCGAUCACUACGUCGGUUUUGCUGAAGUCAAACCAGAUUAUAAGAGGAAAGACACCGUUAAAACGCAUGAAGACUUGCUACGACUAUCAUUGUUUGGCAUGAAUGCGCUCGAGGAACAUAAUUCAAAGUGCAUUUUGUUGAUACAAGUAAUUGGGUCUAGCAUGUAUGUACAUGGGUGUUUUAAUCGGGUCGAAGGUGCUGUUGUUAUAGUGGAACUGGAGGAGUUUAAGUUGCCGAUGUCGCUGAAGGAUUUACCGGGAUUUAUAAUGAGCCUUGAUAAACUGAAGAAGGUUGGUCACUUCUACCGCCUUCAAUGUUUUGGUAAAGGGGGGAACAAAAGAAGAGCUCCAAGCAACGUAAACCUUGAUGAUAUUAUUAAUUGCCACACGCCGAAAAAUAUGAAGGCCGCAGUUGAUUUUUAG